UACUUUGUUGUAGUAGAGAUCUACUGACGAGAUGGUUUUCUUUGUUGGUAAAUGCCUCGCUUGACCCACAGCAAUGUGUAUCUAGGGAAAGAAUGGGAGAUGGACGAACCCAUAAAGCUCUCAUAAAGAAUGUAGACUCCGGUUCGUAUUGUGAUUACAUUUUCAAAACACUACAUUGCAAGGUUGAGAAAAACAACCAAAGUAGUGCUACUUACAGUGUAGUGUGAUGAGGUCGCCUGCAUUCUGAUUAGCUGUCCAUCUCGCUCAUGCCCUGUAUUGCUCGCAAUGGGGACUUCGACCAAGAGAAAAACCACUGGAGUGGUAACAUUUUUGUUCUUUCUCUGCGGAGGUAUUGAAUAUGCAAUCAUUCUGCCAUCCCUGUGGCCGUAUUUGGACAUAUACUUCCAUAGUAAUCGCGCUUUCUAUGGACUGUGCUUCGCCUCAUUCAGUAUCAGUGGAUUAAUCUUCAGUCCCGUGUUUGGAUAUUGGUCAGAUCGUAUCAAGGUAGCCAAGCCCAUCAUACUCCUCUGCAACUUGUUUGAAAUUGCCGGAAACUUGGUAUAUUUUGCAUCAAGGAAUCAGUAUAUGGUUCUUGCCGGACGUUUUCUUUCAGGAAUUGGGACAGGUGCUGGAGCCGCGAUAUUCGCCAUGCUGGCUAGAUCCUCUACCAUUGAAGAACGGACACGUGUCUUUGCUGUGGCAAUGAGCUGUAGAUUCAUUGGUCUGAUUGUAGGGCCAGGUUUGAAUGCAGUCACAAGUCGCUUGAAUUCACAUCAGUUUGGACCGUUCACCUUUGACAAAUACACAGCACCCGGGCUAAUAAUGGCUGGUGUGUGGCUCAUUGUGGAGGUUUCCAUGCUAUUCUUCUACUUUGACUUCCCUACACUGACGGACGCCGAAGCAGCUGGUCUCUACGUACCUGAAUCAGGAGAUACAGAAUAUGUAUCGAAUGAGACUGAUCCACUGUUAGGGCAUGGAAAGAGGCAUCCAGUUACCUCCAUCAACGAAACCAGCCAGGAUCAUUCAGUUCAACUGGAGGCAUCUAUCGAAGAGCGGAGGUCAGGGGAUUCGUCAUCUCCUCCACAAUCCUGGAAGGAAAGGAUGCUUGCUUUUCUGAGAGAGGAGUGGAUUGUUCUUUUGGCAUGCCAAUUUAUUCUCUUUUUCAAUCAAACUGCACUUGAGACUGUUAUUGUACCUCUUGGCAAAGAUCUUCUUGGUUGGGAUAUUCUUGACACCAGUAUAUUCUACUGUGGUUGUGCAGUGGAGGGCAUUGCAUGCUUUUUGGCUCUACGCUGGAUCAGCAAAUAUGUACAAGACAGGUGGCUACUGUUGGUUGGCAUUCUAGCUGAGUUGCUAUCACUUGUACUCUUCUUGUAUUAUGUACCAACAGCAAAGCCUGCUGAUCGGCGCUUAAGCUACAUCUUCAUGAUCACUGGCUCCGCGAUCGGCAUUGGUGCACUUACCUUGUUCAGCGUUGCUACUACUUCCCUGCUGACAAAGUUUACCAGCAUGAAGUAUCAAGGAACAAGCCAGGGUGUGCGCCGCAGUACAGGAUUUGUAGCAACGAUCAUGGGCCCUCUGUGGGCUGGUGCCUUUCUUUCUCAUCUGACAUUCAUGCUGGCUGUAGAAGUUGGCUUAGUGGCAAUGAUACUGGUAAUGGUUCUAUUAUCCUUUUCAAGGCUUCGCGUUCCAAAACCUCAGGAUGCGGUAGUAGAAUCGUCAUCAGGGUCAACUGAAGCAUAGCGUUCAUUUACUUGAGGUCUGUUGAGUGUUUUCUAUAUUUUCAAGUGAAGAAUCUUGUUUACGGACAAGUUAUAUUCUAUUUAUUUCUGUGUUCUAUGGCAAAUUGUUGGCAGUUAGGGCCGUCAGGUUGCCCAUAUGUGUGUGUGUGUGUGUGUGUGUGUGUGUGUGUGUGUGUAUGUGUGUGUGUGUGUGUGUGUACAUGUACUUGUGUGUAUGUGCAUGUAUGUGUGUGUGCACGCGCAUGGGUGUGUGUGUGUACGUGUGCGUUGUGUGUGUGUGUGUAUAUGCGUGUGUUUGCAUGUGUGUUCAUGUGCAUCCGUGCGGUGGUUCGUAUGGAUUUGUGUGUAUAAGCCUUGUGGACAGCGAGUAUGCUGUAUGCUAUUUCUGCACUCCUGCUAUUGUUAUAGACUUGAUUAUUCUUUUAAUCAUUUUUAGUGCAUUGUGUUAUAGGUUACUUAUAUUUUGAUUCCAUCGUUUAGUGAUCUAGCUGCCAUUUGUUUUCAGGUCCUGCCACUCGGGUUUUUUAAAUAUUUUUAAUUAUGCCAUUGUUCGUUGUCCUUAUCAUCACUGAAUCUUAGUAAAUAUUCUGAAAGACUUAGGGAAAGAGAGGGUGCAUCACCCUCGAAAUUGA